GCACAAACACCGACAAUCUCAGUGCUCACCAUCCCGUAUUCACAAGUUCCUCCUUGUCUUCGUCACUUCCUUGCUGAGUUCACCUCGCCCACGUUAUCCGCGUUUCCCGAUCUUUAUUCGCAUUAUCUGUACAAUCAUUACUUGCUACCUAUGGCUGAAGAGCAGCAGCAAAAUUCUCAAGGACAGGAAGACUUUAAGCAAGAGGACAACGCGCCAAUUAACGUCAAGGUUGUAAGCUCAACUGGGGACGAGGUUUUCUUCAAAAUCAAGCGCAACACCAAGUUGAGCAAGCUUCAAGGCGCUUAUGCUACUAAAGUCGGCAAAGACGUGGGCAGCAUUCGAUUUUUAUAUGACGGAGCGAGAAUCAAUGACGACGACACGCCUGCAAGCCUCGACAUGGAGGAUAAUGAUACGAUCGAUGUGAUGGUAGAACAGGUUGGCGGUUCAUCUCCUGCAUAUUUGUACAGUCGUCGCCCUUAAUUGUAUCACUACCGAUUAUUCGCUUUUCUGGUCAAUCUCACACACAUUCAUAUGCAUCGACCGAUACCUUUUGCUCAUUUGGAUGAGCAACCACUUGGCGCUCAGCCGCUCUGGUGAUGAAUGUAUCCACUUCUCUCGCCGCUCAGCGCGUUUUUCGUUGAGUGGUAUAUCGCUGUAGAAUCUUUUCAAUGUGAGGUGUGUCUACUUUAUCUACCUGGGGUGUCGUGAAUAUUACUCUCGCACUCACAAACGAUCUGUACUGUGCAUUGACUCGGAUCUAUUCCACGUCAUAUUUACCCGAGAUUGUCACUUUUUAGGGGGUUACUUAGCGUCAAACCCAGGGCCAAGUACUCGCUGAGCAAAAGCCCCGAUAAUACUGAGUCUCGCCUUCAAGAACCACUUAGAAGUUUGGAAGCUCA